GCCCGUUUCUGAUAUCAGUGUACCGCUGCCCGAAACCGCCACGCGCAACGAAAGCUCGAUCCGACGAGCUCUCCACAAAACGAAGAAGGGAUCAAAUUAGCUUUAAAAUCCCGAAUUCUUCGAAGGGAGUUUGUCGUUUCGGAUGACUUCGACGGAUGGGCUUGUCGAAGAAGAUUCUCUAGAGAAAGGCUUGUUAACGGGCUCUGCCCGGCAUGAGUAUGGUGAAGCCGACGACGAAACAGUUCUCUACGAUGCAUCUUUUGAAGACUUAGAGGAUAGCUAUGUGAAAUAUCAAACAGCCCAGUGGGUUCUUUAUUCUUUGCUUCUGAUUUUGGCAUGGGGAGUUGGGUUGUUGAUGUUACUUUACGUUCCGGUACGAAGGCACAUACUACGCAAGGAUUUUCGGUCUAGGAAGUUGUAUGUUACUCCUGAUUCCAUUGUUUACAAGGUCUCAAGGCCAGUCGCUUUUCCUUGUUUUGGGGUUCUGAAGAAAGAGAAGCAUGUUCUGCUUCCUUCAGUUGCAGAUAUUGUGAUUGAACAAGGAUAUCUACAAUCACGUUUUGGGAUAUACUCUAUCCGUAUUGAGAAUGCUGGUGUAAGGAAGCCUGCUAGUGAUGAUGUUCAGAUAGAAGGAAUUGCUGAUCCUAGGGAGUUCCGGAAGGCUGUUCUGAUGCGCCUCCCAAAUACGGAUGAGUCUUCCAGUCGACAAUCUCUCGUCAACGAAGAUCCACUAAGUCUGGGCUCUGCUCCUCCACCAAUUCGGACUCCUUCACGAUCUCUUAAACAAGACCUUUCACCUUCUUAUGGGGAGAUGGUAUUGCAGAAACUUGAAGAGGUUGGAAACUCUGUAAAGAGGGUGCAGACAUUGAUUGAGAAGCAGACUCAAACAUCAGAUCUACCGGUGUGAUUGCUAGUGGACCAUGUACAGUGAGAGUUUGAGGUUGGAAUGUGUUUGUUUACCAAGCUUACGUUCACGAGGGAUUUAAAGCUAUGGAUGUUGCGAGGCAGCACGGCCAGAGCUUAGUGCAGUUGUUAACAAAAGUUGUUAACAAAAGAAGUGUCUUGUCGCGAUAAUGCAAGUUCUCAUUGUAACUGGCUUGUAAUACUCCAUUUUUGUCCAUAAAAGUAGUCUUCCUGUGAAAUAUGGUUUAUUAAGUAUUUUUGGCCCCCCUUCUCUACAUGUACUUAAAUGAAUGUUAAGCUUCUGGUUGUAUGUAGUUUUCCUUUCUAAGUUUUCCUUGCUCAGUGCAGUUUCA